AGUAAGCUGGUGCCGGUAACUGCCUCUCUAUUAUUAAGCAGGCGUCUGUGUGUGUGUGUGUGUGCAGGCAACCGUGUCCCACGCGCCACCACCCACCGUUUCGUGAGCCUGGAAUGGGUUAGGUUAAUUGGGAAUGGCCGGGUAAGGAGGGAGGGCUGUCAACGGCGAUGACCGACAUGGAGAAGAGCUCGGUCGUAAGCCGUGUGCCGCGGCGGCGGGAGAUCGGCAUCUCCUGCAUGCUCAACGCGGAGGUGGGCGCCGUCCUGGCGGUGAUGCGCCGCCCGCACGACCCGGGCGUCGCCUCCCCGGACGAAGCCGCCAAUCCCCACCUUCUCCACUCCCUCAAGGCCCUCCGCUCCCUGCUGUUCCACCCCCGCCAGCUCGGCGAGUGGCGCGCCACCGACCCCUCCGUCUAUCUCUCCCCCUUCCUCGACGUGGUGCAGAGCGACGACGUGCCGGCGGCCGCCACCGGCGUCGCCCUCUCCACCGUCCUCAAGGUCCUCAAGCUCGACGUGUUCGACGAGCACACCCCCGGCGCCCGCGACGCCAUCCACUCCAUCGUCUUCGCCGUCACCAACUGCCGCCUCGAGAACACCGACAGCGCGUCGGAGGACGCCGUCCUCAUGCGCGUGCUCCAGGUUCUCACGGCCGUCAUGCGCACCCGCGCCUCUGUCCUCCUUACCGACCACGCUGUGUGCACCCUCGUCAACACCUGCUUCCAGGUGGUGCAGCAGUCGGCGCACCGGGGCGACCUCCUGCAGCGGAGCGCCCGCCACGCGAUGCACGAGCUCGUCCAGGCCAUCUUCGUGCGCCUCCCUGACGUGAGGGUGCCAGUGGAGAGGCCGGAGGCGGAGGACGAGGUCGCCACCACCGGCAGCUACGGAGCUCGCUGCAUGGUCGACAUCUUCCACUUCCUCUGCUCGCUCCUCAACGUGGGCGAGGUCAUCGACUACGCCGACAGCGUCGGAUCCAUCAGCUCCGACGAGGACGUCCAGCUCUUCGCGCUUGUGCUCAUCAACUCCACCAUCGAACUGGGAGGCGAAGCCAUCGGGAAGCACCCCAAGCUUCUCCGGAUCAUCCAAGACGACCUCUUCCACCACCUCAUCCACUACGCCACCCACACGAGCCCGCUCGUCCUCUCCAUGAUCUGCAGCACCGUUCUCCAUCUCUACAACUUCUUGCGACGGUGUCUCAGGCUGCAACUGGAGGCGUUGUUCACCUACGUGAUGCUCAGGAUUGCAGCAGGAAGCAACGGCGCCCAGCUUCAAGAGGUGGCGGUCGAGGGGAUCACCAGCUUCUGCCACCAACCCAACUUCGUCAUCGAGACAUACGUCAACUACGACUGCGACCCGCUGCGGCACAACGUGCUGGAGGAAGCCGCGAGGUUGCUGUGCAAGAUCGCGUUCCCCGUGGGCACCCCCAUGUCCCCCCUGCAGAUCCAGGCCUUCGGCGGCAUCGUCACCAUCAUCACAACCAUCGCCGACAACAUCGAGGUCGACCAGGCUCCCGACCGCGAGGCCUACAACAUCGACGUCUCCGACUAUAAGCCCUUCUGGGUCGAGAAGUGCGACAACAGCGACAACUCCGACACGUGGGUGGAGUUCGUCCGGAUGAGGAAGCUCAAGAAGAAGAAGAUACUGAUCGCGGCAAACCACUACAACCGAGACGACAAGAAAGGGUUGGACUUCUUGAAGUUAUCCAAGUUGGUGCCCAGCCCUCCCGAGCCCAAGAGCUUGGCCUACUUCUUCCGCUUCACGCCGGGCUUGGACAAGAACAAGAUCGGGGACUUUCUUGGCGAUCCCGACGAGUUCAACAUCCAAGUGCUGAACGAAUUCACCGGCACCUUCGACUUCACCGGCGUCAUCCUCGACAUCGCCCUCCGUAGCUACCUCGAGACCUUCCGAUUGCCAGGGGAGUCGCAGAAGAUUCAGAGGAUCCUGGAGGCCUUCUCGGACAGGUUCUACGAGCAGCAGUCGUCGGAGAUCUUCGCGAGCAAGGACGCCGUGUUCAUCCUCUGCUACUCCUUGAUCAUGCUCAACACCGACCAGCACAAUCCGCAGGUGAAGAAGAAGAUGACGGAGGAGGAGUUCAUCAGGAACAACAGAGCAAUCAAUGGAGGGAUGGAUCUCCCCAGAGACUACCUCUCCGAACUCUUCCAUUCCAUCUCCACCAACGCCAUCACGCUCUUCGGCACCGCUGGCACGCCCACCGAGAUGAGCUCCGCCCACUGGGACGACCUCAUCAAGCGAUCCCGAACGGUGGAGCCCUUCAUCACGUGCGACUACAAGCAUAAGCUGAGCCGAGAGGUCUUCGUGGCCAUCUCAGGGCCUUCGGUGGCCACGCUGGCCGCCAUAUUCGAGCAAACGGACGACGAGGAUAUCCUCCACGAGAGCCUCGACGGGUUGAUAUCCGUGGCGAGGAUCGCACGCUACGGACUGGAGGACAUCCUCGACGAGCUCCUCUCCUGCUUCUGCAAGCUCACAAACCUUCUGAACCCUUAUGCCACGGCAGAGGAGACGCUCCUCACGUUCAGCAACGAGCUGAAGCCAAGAAUGGCGACGCUGGCCCUGUUCACCAUCGCCAACAAGUUCGGGGAAUCCAUCCGUGGAGCGUGGAAGAACAUGAUCGAUUGCUUGCUCAAGCUCAAGAGGCUGAAGCUGCUGCCGCAGUCAGUGAUCGAACCUGACACCGCUCUGGCCGCCGACUCCAAGGCCCAGACGCACGCCAAGUCAGAGUCGGGCGUCAUCUUUCCUGCAUCCCAUCGCGGGGCCGGGAGCAACCGGUCCGUCUCGGGGCUCAUCGGGCGGUUCUCCCAGUUCUUGUCGCUGGACAACAGCAACGACUCCAUGAUCAGCUUCGGCAGCGAGUUGGAGAACAACCUCAAGAUCAUUCAGCAGUGCCAGAUCGGGGACAUAUUUAGCAAGAGCUCGAAGCUGCCGGAUGAGUCGCUUCAGAAUAUGGGGAGGGCGCUCAUCUUUGCAGCGGCAGGGAAAGGCCAGAAGUUUAGCACCCCUGUGGAAGAGGAAGAGAUCGUUGGCUUCUGCUGGGAUCUCCUGGUCACCAUCGCUUCGGUCAACCUUCACAGGUUCUCUGCAUUCUGGCCUCAGUUCCACGAGAGCUUCGCGAUCGUUUCCCAGUUCCCUCUCUUCUCGCCUUGCCCUUUCGCCGAGAAGGCCAUCGUCGGGCUCUUCAAGAUCGCCGUCAAGCUCACUGCGUCCCCGUCUCGCCUCGACAAGCUCCCGGAGGAGCUCAUCUUCAAGUCCAUCAACCUCAUGUGGAAGCUCGACAAGGAGAUCCUCGACACCUGCUGCGAGAGCAUAGCUGAGUCGACGAUGCAAAUACUCAACGUGCACGGGAAGAACGUCCAGACCGUCUUCGGUUGGAAGACGCUCCUUCACCUCCUCACCGUCGCCGGCCGGCAUCCCGAGACCUUCGAUCAAGGGGUGGAAGCCCUGGUCAAGCUGAUGAGCGAGGGCACCCACAUCACCAGAUACAAUUACCCGUACUGCAUCGAGGCUGCCUUCGGGUUCGCUGCGCUAAAGAUCAGCCCUCUGGACAAGAGCUCCAGGAUUCUGAGCCUGAUGGCUGACACGGUGAAUCUGUUGAUCCAGUGGCACAAGUCGGGCUACUCCGACCCGGGGAGCACCAACAGCAGCUUAUCGGAGGACGGCCAGAAGGCCGGUGGUAGCGCCGGCAACCUCGGAGCAAACCUGUUCAUGAAGCUCGUGGAGGCGCUGAGGAAGACGAGCCUGGUCCGGCGCGAGGAGAUCCGGAACCAAGCGGUGGCGGAGCUGAGGAAAUGCUUUGCGGCGGCGGAGGAGCUGGACUUCUCGCCGGCGAACUGCCUCGCGUGCUUCAACCUCGUCAUCUUCGCGAUGGUGGACGACCUGCACGAGAAGAUGCUGGAGUACUCGCGGAGGGAGAACUCGGAGAGGGAGAUGAGGAGCAUGGAGGGGACGCUGAAGGUGGCCAUGGAGAUGCUGGUGGAAGUGUACCUGGAGUUCUUGAUACCAUUGUCGCAGAGCACAGGGUUCAGGUCCUUUUGGCUCGGGAUGCUGAGGAGGAUGGACACCUGCAUGAAGGCCGACCUGGGGGAUCACGUCGGGGUGCUGCAGGAGCUGGUUCCGGUCCUGCUGAAGAAGAUGAUAGUGGAGAUGAAGGAGAAGGAGGUGUUGGUGCAGGAAGACGGGAAUGAGCUGUGGGAUAUAACUAAUAUCCAGAUACAGUGGAUCGCUCCUUCGGUGAAGGAUGAACUGUUCCCCGAGGAAUAGGGGGUGUUGUUCUGCAGAGAAUAGGAGGAGCUGAUGAUAGGGAGGUGUUUCCUUCUCAUAUUGUUUUUAUUUUUAUUUUUUUGCUUUUUCUCUCUCUAGAGGAAGAAAUUGACAUCCCAAUGAUUGUUACUAUCGAACUUGCUCGUCAUAUUGUUUAUAACAACCUAAUG